AAACUCUCACUUUGUUGUCCAAAUAUCUCUCUUUAGCACAAGCCUACAGAGCCCUGAGAUGAACCUUUCUUCCACGUAAUUCCUAGGUGUAAAGGAGUCAUUGUUCUUUAUCUGACUAUUAUGCGCCAUAAAUUCCAAGGAUUCAUCACAGUCGCACACAUGUAGAGCUAUGCAGCCUGCACUAGAUUAGCUCGGAAGAAACAUACCCACCAUGCCCAAACAACUCACUUGUUCUUCUCCUUCGAGUAGUUGUCAAUGGCGGAAAUAGUAGGAUCUGCCGUGGCAUGCGAGGCCGUGAGCAGAGUAUCAUCGUUUCUAUCCGGCGACAAAACUAGCCACGAGAGCGUCGAGGACAAAGCCGAGAGACUAGAGAUGGCAGUGCUGAAGAUCCGGAGCGUCGUUGCCGUCUCGGACGAUCUCCAUAUCUCCCACCUCCCAUUGCUGCUCUGGAAGGCAAAGCUGAAGCGCAUCGCCGAGGAAGGUGAUGACCUACUACUACACAUGCACAAGAAGAGACACUUAGAGUGCGGCCGUGUCAGCGACAAUACAACAGGUAACUCAAUUUCUCAGUACUUGAUUCAAGCGGCCAAAAGAUUUGUUCCCUUUUGCCGUAAAGAAGAUGAACUGAGUGACAACACGCUGCGGAGAUUCGAGAGGCUUGCUGAUGGUACGGAUAGCUUCUUCAGGUUGGUUCAGUCUGGCGGCCACCCAAAGAAGCCUGUGUUUUUGCCGUCGCUAACCCGGUCCUUGCUUGCCGGAGAUUCAGUUGAGUUCUCCAUCCAAAGAAAAAGUGGCAACGACCAUAUUAUGCUUUGGCCGUGGCUGGAUGCGAGCACUGAGAGUGGAUUGGUGGCAUGUCUCGGUGUGUCACGUGAAGAUGAAGUUAUGUGGCAAGAAGGCUUCAAGAUGUGUGUUCUGUUCCGUCUAUCAGAGGCAUCAAACAUAUUGGCCACUGCUAUGAGAUGCUUGGAGCUCUUGCCGCCUCAAUUUGAUGCUGCAUCCGUAGGCAUCAGGGGACUGCUAACUGAAACAAUAGGGCAAAGUGUUGAUCGACUCAAUCUUUCAGAGAGAUCGGUAUGGUGCUGUCGACGCAUUCAGAGUUAUCACCACCAUGAUUGUGAGUCAUCCGCGGUUGAGAAGGACAGAGUUACUGGAAUGUUAUCACUGCCUCAUCCAGUGCUUCGGCUUACCACAUUUAGUUAUGCCUUACCAUCCAUCGACACGAAGGAGAAUGAUAUACAAGGAAGUUGCAUGCCUUCUCUCUUCUUUUUUUCCCCCUCAAUGAUGCGUGUGUCUCUUAUUUCUGACAAAAUACUACUCCCUAGCUGGAAUUACUUUAAUUUGUCAGUCAAGCUUACGCCCACAGAGAAGUAUGUGAUUGAAAAAGUAUUAAUAACUUAAUAAUAGGGAUGUGCAUAUAAAUCUUUGGAAACGAAUGCAAUCAGAAUCAGAUUUACCAAUUGAGGGCCUGUGCGGAAUCGGCAUAUAUGCCAGAAAUGCGCAGAGAUGUAUUGCUCUUUUGCAUUGCACUUUGGGCCCAAUGUUUUGCUCUUUUUUCAGUUACAGAUCUUCUCCAUUCUGGAGCCGAUUGACGACCAAAUGUAAGAAACAAUAGCAUACAAAAAUGACCUAUGGUUACAAAAAAGAAUUAUGUUCGUAUAUGAAAUGGAAUUUGAGUGGAAUUACAAAUUGAUUACUGAGGCAGAAUGCAGAACAUAUCUUGGAAAACCUAAGUUCAACUAAUAAUAUGGGUUUU